UACGCUCGCGCCGUCGUUUCCUCGUGCACAAGAACUGCUGCUAAACGCAUCCCGAUCGAUCUCGUUGCAAAUCUACAAUACCUUGUCCGGUACUCAUUGGACAUCAACAUCAUCUACGCUAACAUGAGAGGGCAGGCGAUGCAUAUGCUAGCAUCAUCGCCGGUAGUAGCCCGGGGUAUCCCGAACGGUGCAGCACCACAUGCAUCAAGGCGGAGGUUUGCUUCGCUCCUCCUCGGUACAGAAGGAAGGCACCCGAGCCAUGGCAGCAGCGGCAGCAACAGCAGCAACCGCACGGACAACAGUAACGCAGAAAGCGGUUAUGUUGCGGGCGCGAGCCCCGCAGGGAUCCCCGCGCCCUUGUGGCAUCAGAAGGGGCAGCUGCAACAGCUCACCACGGUGACCGUCACCAAUCACGAGGCACCGGCGAAAAGCAGCAGCAGCAGCAGCUCCUCUGAUUCGACCGCCGGCGCUUCCAGAGCCGCGCCGACAGCAGCAGUAGACCUUCGGAGCGACACGAUGACGAAGCCGUGCAAGAGGCUUCGGGCCGCUAUGGCCGGUGCCGAGGUCGGUGACGACGUGUUUGGAGAGGAUCCGACGGUGGUUAGGCUGGAGGAUUGCGUAGCCUACCUGCUCGGUAAAGAGAAGGGGCUCCUGGUGCCGAGCGGCACGAUGGGGAACCUGAUUGCCGUGGGCGCGCACUGCCGUCGAGGAGACGAGCUCAUCCUCGGAGACAAGUCGCACAUCUUUCAGUACGAGGGCGCGGGGGCUUCCGCCCUGAUGGGGGUCUCCUACCACACGGUCCGCAACGCCGAGGACGGGGGGCUGGAAGUCGCGGACAUACAGACUGCCGUCCGUGGCGACGACCCGCACUAUCCGAGGUCGUCCUUACUGUGUCUCGAAAACACGCAAAACUUGUGCGGGGCGCGGGCCAUCGCCGCGUCACGGAUGGCUGAGAUGUGCGCCGCUGGACGUCACGCUGGCCUCAAGGUGCACGUCGACGGCGCAAGGCUCUGGAACGCAGCUGUUUCCCUCGAGGUCCGGCCGUCGGAGCUGGUUUCCGACGCGGACAGCGUGUCGGUCUGCCUGAGCAAGGGGCUAGGGGCACCGGUGGGGAGUGUCCUCGUGGGCUCAGAGCAGUUCAUCUACGAGGCACGUCGCUUGAGAAAGUCUCUGGGCGGGGGCAUGCGCCAGUCGGGAGUCAUAGCCGCGGCGGGUCUAGAGGCGGUCGUCAACAACUAUGUUCGGCUGUCGGAGGACCAUGACAACGCCGCGGCCUUGGCCAGCGGGCUUGGCGCUUUGCGUGGGAUUAGUGCCGAGCGUUCUCCAGGAGACACGAACGCGGUGUACUUUCAGGUGACUGGCAUGGAUGCGCAGGCGUUCGUGGACGCCCUCGAGCGGGAUCAUGGAGUCUUGAUGGGCUCGGGGUACUUCGGGGGAAGCACGAUACGGGCCAUGACGCAUCUCGACGUAAACAGGGAGGGCGUCGAACGCGCGAUCGAGGCUUCGCGAGCAGUGCUUGCAGAGGCGCCAGCAAGCUGAAAAUUCUUGGGGUUCGCCGCCGAUUCUGUGUGCAUCUAUCUAUUAUUCAAAUCUCGUCAGACGUGAGAAAGCACCUUUUUUUGCGACGAGUUCUGUGUAUUACGGAGGCACUAGGGCAUAUUUCGUCUACGUCGUAGAGAGGGUGUCGGGGCUCGAAGGAGACAAGCCGCAAGGCAUAAUGCCGUCUGUUUCC